UAUCUAUAUAUCUAUAGUGUUCCAGCUACAGGACCGGUCUCCAGUCAGCCAAGCUGAUCUAUAUAUCUAUAUCUAUGUAUCUAUAUUGUGUUUCAGCACCAGAAGAGUUGAGCUGUAUCAUAGGAGAGGUACGCUACAGGACAGGUCUCCAGUCAGCCAAGCUGCUGCGCCAGCUGAAGAGGAGAGACUGCCUCAGUCACAAGCUCCAGAAGAACUAUGACAUCAUCACCGCCUGUCUGCAGGCCGUGUCCCAGAAGAGAAGAGUGGACACCAGGUUAAAGUUCACCAUCGAACCUUCUCUGGGCAAGAACGGCUUCCAACAGUGGUAUGAUGCUCUGAAGGCUGUGGUCAGACUUCCUACAGGCAUCCCUAAAGAGUGGAGGAAGAGGGUAUGGCUGACUCUAGCUGAUCAGUACCUCCACAGUAUCUCUAUCGACUGGGACAAAACUCUCCGCUUCGCUUUCAACGAACGCAGUAACCCUGACGAUGACUCACUGGGCAUCCAGAUUGUUAAGGACCUACACAGGACAGGUUGUAGUUCAUACUCCGGCCAGGAGGGGGAGCAGGACCGGGUGGUGCUGAAGAGGGUGCUCCUGGCGUACGCUCGCUGGAAUAAGGCUGUAGGAUACUGUCAGGGCUUCAACGUACUGGCGGCGCUCAUACUGGAGGUUACAGAGGGCAACGAGAGCCACGCACUCAAGGUGAUGAUCUACCUGAUAGACAAGGUGCUACCAGAGAGUUAUUUUGCCAACAACCUGCGUUCUCUGUCUGUGGACAUGGCUGUGUUUAGAGAUCUCCUGAGGAUGAAGCUGCCUCAUCUCUCACAGCACCUACACCUCCUGCAGAAGACUGCUGAUAGAGAGGCUGGAGGCAGCUACGAGCCUCCCCUGACCAACGUAUUCACGAUGCAGUGGUUUCUGACCAUGUUUGCUACGUGCCUGCCCCCCAACACCGUGCUGAAGAUCUGGGACUCUGUUUUCUUCGAAGGUUCUGAGGUUCUGCUGAGGGUGGCUCUGGCCAUCUGGUCUCACCUGGGGGAGCAUAUAGAGUACUGUCAGACAGCAGACGAGUUCUACAGCACCAUGGGAUGGAUCACUCAGGAGAUGUUGGAGAACAGCCUCAUAGACUGUAGCCACCUCAUGCAGACGGUGUACUCCAUGGCUGUGUUUCCAUUCCCUCAGCUGGCUGAACUCCGAGAGAAAUACACCUACAACAUCACCCCCUUCCCCACCUCCAACCCCAACGGCAGUGGUGGUCUAGGUGGCUGGGAGGGUGAUGAAGACGAGGAUGAAGAUGAAGAUGCAGUGGUGACAGCAGCGUUGGGAUGUUUGGGUCCACUGGGGGGGCUGUUAGCUCCAGAACUACAGCGGUACCAGAGACACAUUAAAGACCAGCGUGGGGGGGAGCAGGGCGGUAACAUGGCAGACCUGAGUCCUGGGGCGGUGGAUGGUGGCGGCAGAGCGGAGCAUCAAGCGGCCAUCAACAGCAUGCUGCAGGAGAGGAUGAGUACUGACAUCAGCGCUCUGAAGAAACAAUACUCACGUAUCAAGAGACAUCAGCAACAACAGGCCAGGCAGCUAUACAUACACACAGAUAGAUGUCCAGCCACCAGCGUGUUAGCAUCUCAGCUACAUCCUUCUCCUGUCGUCAACCACCUGUUGCUAGGCAGGAAGCCCAGGAACAGGCUGAAACACCCUCCCUCCUCUCCCUCCAGCCUGCGAGGUGUCCCCCUGCCUCAGGCACAGUCCAGCCCUGCCACCCCUGGCCCCGCCCCUAACCCCACCCCUAGCGGGGAGAGGGGGAGGAACAGACUGGUAUCUCAGGCUGAAGACUGUCAGAGCAGGGUGGGGUCCCCCUGGCGCGCCCACGUACGUGCCCACCGCAGGAACAUAGCCCGGGCACGGGUACAGCUAGGGUUUGGAGACAUGGAGGACAGACACCCUCAUCAGUCGGAGGAGGACGGACACCCUCAUCAGUCGGAGGAGGACGGACACCCUCAUCAGUCGGAGGAGGACGGACACCCUCAUCAGUCGGAGGAGGACGGACACCCUCAUCAGUCGGAGGAGGACGGACACCCUCAUCUGACGGAGGAGGACGGACACCCUCAUCUGACGGAGGAGGACGGACACCCUCAUCUGACGGAAGAGGACAGACACCCUCAUCAGACGGAGGAGAGAGAUGGAGUGGGUGAGGGAAAGGCUGAUGAUGAGGAGGGUAGUCACCUCCCUGUGUCUCCUGCCCAGGCCUCCAGUAAGGAGGUGCCAGCUGUGGUGGAAGAGGAGGAGCACCUGUUGUCUCUAGAGCUGGACUCUGGAUCAGAACUAAACCAGACCCCACCUCCACUACCCUCCUCUCCUGGAGAGACUGACCCACCUCCACUACCCUCCUCUCCUAGAGGGACUGACCCACCUCCACUACCCUCCUCUCCUAGAGGGACUGACCCACCUCCACUACCCUCCUCUCCUAGAGGGACUGACCCACCUCCACUACCCUCCUCUCCUAGAGGGACUGACCCACCUCCGCUACCCUCCUCUCCUAGAGGGACUGACCCACCUCCACUACCCUCCUCUCCUAGAGAGACUGACCCACCUCCACUACCCUCAUCUCCUAGAGAGACUGACCAACCUCCACUCCUCUCCUCUCCUAGAGAGACUGACCAACCUCCACUACUCUCCUCUCCUAGAGAGACUGACCAACCUCCACUACCCUCCUCUCCUAGAGAGACUGACCCAGACACACUACCCUCCUCUCCUAGAGAGACUGACCCAGACACACUACCCUGCUCUCCUAUAGAGACUGACCCAGACACACUACCCUCCUCUCCUAGAGAGACUGACCCAGACACACUACCCUCCUCUCCUAGAGAGACUGACCCAGACACACUACCCUCCUCUCCCACCAUCCCAGAGCUGUCUGUCCUGCCUCCUCUUCCUCGACCACCCUCAUCACACCACCACCACCAUCAACAGUCUGACCCUUCAAUCUCCUCUCAGAACAUCUACUGUAUGAGACUCUCUCCUGGUAGCCCUGUUACCCUCACUAACACCUCUCCCCCUGUUACCCUCACUAACACCUCUCCCCCUGUUACCCUCUCUAACCCCCCUCCCCCUGUUACCCUCACUAACACCUCUCCCCCUGUUACCCUCUCUAACGCCACUACUCCUGUUACCCUCUCUAACCCCCCUCCCCCUGUUACCCUCACUAACACCUCUCCCCCUGUUACCCUCACUAACACCUCUCCCCCUGUUACCCUCUCUAACGCCACUACUCCUGUUACCCUCACUAACACCUCUCCCCCUGUUACCCUCUCUAACGCCACUACUCCUGUUACCCUCACUAACCCCCCUCCCCCUGUUACCCUCUCUAACCCCCCUCCCCCUGUUACCCUCACUAACACCUCUCCCCCUGUUACCCUCUCUAACCCCCCUCCCCCUGUUACCCGCUCUAACCCCCCUCCCCCUGUUACCCUCUCUAACCCCCCUACUCCUGUUACCCUCUCUAACCCCCCCACUCCUGGUACCCUCUCUAAGCCCCCUCCUCCUGUUACCCUCUCUAACCCCCCUACUCCCCUCUCUAACCCCCCUCCCCCUGGUACCCUCACUAAUCCCCCUCCUCCUCCCCUCUCUAACCCCCCUACUCCCCUCUCUAACUCCCCUCCCCCUGGCACCCUCUAUAACCCCCUUCCCCCUGUUACCCUCUCUAACCCCCCCACUCCUGGUACCCUCACUAACCCCCCCACUCCUGAUACCCUCUCUAACCCCCCUCCCCCUGGUACCCUCACUAACCCCCCUCCUCCUGUUACCAUCACUAACCCCUCUCCCCCUGUUACCAUCACUAACCCCCCUCCCCCUGUUACCAUCACUAACCCCCCACCCCCUGUUACCCUCACUAACCCCCAUACUCCUGGUACACCGCUAUCCCCCUCCCUCCCUCUCUCCUGCCCCUCCACGCCCCAGGAUCAACCCAGGGCCACCCCCCAGCAGGUGUUCUCUCCCUUCCCGAGUGUGAAACAGCACAGGAGGUCAGCUGCAGCCCGUAACCUGGGUCUCUACGGUCCCACAGCCAGAACCCCCACAGUUCACUUCCCUCAGCUCAGCCUGAACCGUCCCUCCUCCACUCUCUCCACCAGGAAGCGCUAG